AUGGCGGCCGUGGAGGACAGAACGAAUUCGAAUCCUUUAGUUCAGCCACUUUUAACCGAUCUUUAUCAAAUAACCAUGGCUUAUGCCUACUGGAAGAGUGGAAAAGUCAUGGACCAUGCAGUGUUUGAUUUGUACUUUCGCAGAAAUCCUUUUCAAGGAGAAUUCACCGUUUUCGCAGGCCUCGAAGAAUGCGUGCAUUUCGUGCGAAAAUUCAAGUUUUCCGAUUCAGGUGUGGUUAUUGAUAUUGCUAGUAACUAAAAUUGCUUGGUUCACGUUCACGUCUUGGGUUUGGUGAAUUUCGGACGAAGAUCCUUCGGAUACAAUAACUUUAAGCUUAAAAAUAACCUCAGGCUUAAAUUAACCUUAAGCUUUUUUGAAUGGGAUUUAUGUUAAAUGUAGGCUUAAUUAAACUUGAUUGGGACCACAAGAUGGGAAAUUAACAUUAAUAAAUCUGGUCCAAAUUUUCCAAUUGUUUUAACUUUAUAAUGGGAACAGACUCCAUCAGGUUGAACUUAGUGCCUGAUAUGGUCCAUAUAAAAGUAUUGUUAGUUUUAAAUGCACAGUCAUAAAAAAAAAUUAACAAGUUGUUAACUUUUUUGAUCUUCUUUAAAAUUUGGUGCUAAGUGAAGCGGGACUACUGGAUGGUCGACUUUCGUUUCAAGUCAAACCAAUUAUGCAAAAUACAUACAUAAAGAUGUGGUUUAUUUGGAACUCUUUUUUUGUGUUGUGGACUUAUAGGGAGAAAUAGCUCACAUGACAUACAAGAAACAUCAUAUGACAUGCAAAUUGUCUCUUGGUUCCAAAUGGCUAAAAUCUUAAAACAUUUAUAAAUGCAUUAAAAUUAUAUUUUAUUAUUUUAUAAACAUGUCUUUUCAUUGUAAGGUAAGGUGUUUUAAUCCUUGUGAUCCUAAAGACCAGUGACUAUUUUCUCCUGACAAUAUUCAAUCAAUGUGGUCAUACAAAUGAAAGAAAUAAUUCCUCAAACACAAGACACUGCAUUCAAUUAAUCCAGAUGUCUGAGAAGUCAGCUGAAACGUGAGCUGUAGUUUUUUAGAGCAGCUUUUAGGUAAACGAGCUGUCAGAUGAAACACUGUCUUGAGUGUUUUACAAAGGUUAUCUAAAGAGCAAUAAUAAUAAUAAUAAUGUUAUUCUAACGGUUAUUCAAAGCUAAAAUGCACCACAAUGGCUGUGAUAAUUAUUAUAAAUUUUUAGUUUUUUGACAUCCAAACCUCCUUAAUUCGUGCUUGCAUUUCACAAUAUUACUAUAAAUGUAUGUUUAGUGAUUAUCAAAGAUACAAUGUAUGGUUAAGUAUCAGAGUUGGAAUUUACUUUUAUAUCCAGUUGUCCUGCAGCAACUACAAGACUUGGUAUGGUUCUCCCCAUGGAACAUUUCAUUUCUCCAAGCCAACCUCUUGGCCCAGUUCAAUCCAAGAAAGUAAAACACUGAGGUACACAGGUGCAGCACCAAUCAUUAACAGUUUUAUUAGGUUUCACCAGAAAAUGCACCUCAGUUGUUUCAGUAUUUGUGACCCCAUGAGGCAAUAACUGUUGUUAUAUUCCUAGACUUUCACUCAACUAAACAGGGACUGCCAUUGGUUGAUUCUUGGUCACAUGGCCUUGACUAAAAUCAAAUGUAUCCCGAUCGUGAUACAUUAAGCAAUGUACCCCGCUCGGGAUACAUUGCAGCACGUGAUCAAAGCAUGGUGGAAAGUGGCGUGACAAAAGGCGGGAAAAAUACUGCCAGGUCCUGUCAGUUUUCUUUUUCGUGAAUGAACAAAACAACACAAACACGAAGCCUCAAGCUAAAAAGCAACGAUUUAAAAAGUUAUCCAAGAAGUUCCCAGAAGAAAAACAGCAGCUAGUGGAGGAAAAUGAUGCAGAUAAUGUAGGGAAGGUACUUUGUAAAUCAUUCAUUCAGCGGUUUUGAGAAUUAAAUUUGUGUUGCUAUAAGUACCGAGUCGACUGUUUUGGUUCGCUCCGGUUAUUCUCUCGUUGCUGUUGAAGUGAAAGUCUAGAAAUAUAACAAAACACUUAAUGUCAGGUCCCUCGGGAAACCAGUUAGUUUUGUUUUCCCUCGAGUCCCGAUGUUUCCCUCGACUUCGUCUCGGGAAACAUCAGGACUCUUGGGAAAACAAAACUAACUGUUUCCCUCGGGAUCUGACAUUAAGUGUAUAUUGUUACCUGUUUUCUUAUGUGUUGUUACCUGUUUGGUUUUGCAUGCAUUAAAACCUUGAACCCUGCAGACUUAUUAUAGAAGGUUCUCCUCAUUAAUCUAUGCAAAAUAGAUGGCGCCAUUUGUGUGAAGAAUAUUUAGAAAUUGAUCUUUCAUUUCAGACAUUACUUAUCUCAAGACCAUAUUACCACCCACAGUAGAAGAAGAGUUUUAUAAUUUCCUCAAAGAAAUUGACUCUAGCAAAGUCACGCUGAGUUCCAUCUUAGAAGGAAGUUUAGUGUUUCCGAAAGUUCCUAUGAUGAGAUUAGAAGGUCCAUUGCCAGGUAUUUCAAUGCUGAUAGUUCCUACACUGUAUUAAUUUUGCACUGCAAGUUUGCUUAACGGAACAGAUCACAAAAUUUUUGAAAACGUUUCCUUUACCAAUACCUCCUGCUAUUAACUGUACUCACACUGUGGAAUUUCAUGCAUUUUAGAUUACUCACACUAAAGAACAGUUACAGGAGUAGACAAAUAACUGUAUUUUAGAUUUAAAAAAAUGGUAGUACACUGUAUUAUUGGUAAACUACCAGUAAAUUAUACCAGUAAAUUAAGUAAACUAAAUUGGGGAGGGGGGAAGUGUAAGAUUUUAGAUCUUAAGAAGUUGGCAUCUCCGAGUCAGGGUUUGCUCAAGCAGCAUCUUAUUCUCACACCCAUGGUGCCUAAUUACUUUUGCUCUUGAAAUGUUAGUUUUAUUUUAUAGAAAUCCUCUGUGAGGCGCCCUCGAGUUUACAGGCUCAGAGCAUUAGGCUCCCUUCAAUUUUUUAAAGAGUGUAGCCUUGACAGUUUUUUCUGAGAUACAGUUGCACCCACAGUGAAGUUUUCCUCACACAAGCCAUACACAAGCUACCAGUAAUGAAGGUUACAAAGGAAUGUUUUAUUCGUUUGCCUUUCAGUUAUUCAAUUAAUGGAAACAACUCUUCUUAAUUUAGUCAAUUUUGCAAGGUACUUGUCUUGUCUUUAAAACUGCAUUAAUAUAUAACAUUGUAUUUACUUGUAUACAUGUAUUUGCAUAUUUUUAUAAAAUAAUAUUUGUUGAUAAAAAUAGAUUUGUUAUACAUUUUUGAAUAAAAAUCAGCUAAUGAAUAUAAAAGAAACUUGAAAUUUUGAUGACUCACCUCAUCAUUAUAACAAGACAAGAAAUCAACUACAAUGAGCACCCACAAAUAAUAAGGUACCGGUAGUAACCUACUAGAUUACAUUGUAAGAAUCUCCUGGCAAAAAUUUGUCACUUUGAUACCCAAAAAUACAAGAACCUGUUUCAGCCAUACAAGAUCAAGCAGGUUCUUUUUCUUUUUUCUGGUAAUCAGCAAUUUAUUAUCUCCUUCAUAAAAAUUAAGAACCUAAUUAAGAACCUACUGAGCCUAAAUUGCAAUAAAAAUUAAUUGAUCCAAAUUACAAGAACCUAUUUUGCAAGCCAACAGUAGGUUCUUAUUCAUGGAUAUUUAUUAUUAUUAUUGCCAUUUUGCACAGUUUUCUUGGUCUUCCAACCUGAUCAUUCCCAUCCAUCAGUUUUCUUAUAAUAAUUUCUUGCUGUUCCCAGUGAACGGAAAGCUCUUUGUAACAGCUGCAUACUUCCUUCAAGUCUUACUUUGUUUAGAUACAGAUGGAAUCUAUUGCUAACUGUUCUGAGGGCACCAAUGACAAUUGGUAAUGGCACAACUUCCUUACAAUUACACAGGCACUUCAGCUAUCUUUUUAAGUCUUGGUACUUUUCAAUUUUUUCUUGUUUUUUUUAUGACUUACUCCAUGGUCAAAAUGGGCAAGCAAUAUUUAUUAUUGUGCAGCUCCUUUCCUUCUUGUCUAUAACUACGAUGGCUGGUCUGUUGUGCUCAAUUUUGUGGUCAGUUUGAAUAAGAAAAUCCCAUAGUAAUUUAUUAUUAUUGUAUCGUUCUUCCUUGCAGCAAUGCUUUUCCAUCAUAAUAGUAAUAUUUUUCAUCAUAAUAUUAAUAUUGUACUCUAUCUGUUUUAUUUUAUCAGUUUAGUUGCAACCAAUGCAGCUAGGUUUCGUCUUGCUGCUGGCUGGGAUAAAAGUUUAAUUGAAUUUGGCUUGCGAAGAUCCCAGGGACCUGACGGAGGUUUAUCAGCAUCCAAAUAUUGCUACAUAGGAGGUAGGUGGUGAUCACAGUACAUGUUGCACACAGUUAUGUCUUCCAUAUAACACCCAUCUUGCCUAUCAAUAAUUACCAAAAGCAGAAACAUGAAAUUUAAGUCAAGAGCUCAUGCAUGGAAACUGUUAACUAAGCUUCUGUGCCAUUUAUUUUGGAUAAAUGAUCUGAAUGUUUAGCAAAGUAUAAGUUGGAAACAAAGGGGUUGGCUUCUUUGAAAUGGCAUCACUAUAUCUUUCAGUCUUGUUGACCCCAUCAAAGUCUAAGUGUCUUUAUAGUGGAAAUUGCACUUAGCUUAUUCAGCUAGAUUACAGGCACUCGACUUAAAUAAUAAUUAGAAACAAAUAGUUCAAAUAUAACAAAACAGGAUUAAAAACCCCAACUUGCAGGAUAAGCAGGCAACUGCAGUUGGCUGUUUACAAGCAUGGCCAAGGAUUUGAACCUGGUGUAACUGAGGACAAAUUCAGCCAGUGGCCAGAGUAUCACCCAAACCUGAGACUGCCAGAUUGCGAGUCCGACGUGGUGAACACUCAGCCAUGCUGCUUCCUAAUAAAAUUAAUUGUAACCUAUGGCAUACAUGAAAGCGAUUGCCAGCUUGACUUAAAAGACCCCAAAUUUGGGUGAUGGGAUGUAGUACAAUAAUUAAAAAUUAGAGUAUAAUAAGUCAUUAUUUAAAAAAGAGGCCAAUUACCAAUUUAAGCAAUACUUAUUUGUGGUGAAGUCAGUGAUUGUUCACUGUAAGUUUUGUCCAUUUUCUCUGCUUCUAUGAGUGCUUCAGUGAUCUGCUCUUUUUUUAUGGCAUUAUCAUUAUAAGUUUUCAAACUGUAAAUCUUUGUAAUCUCAUUAUUUUUAGGAUUUGAUGGUACAAGUAAUGUUUUAGCAGGCAAGUUAUGCGGUAUCCCAGUGAAAGGCACCCAAGCACAUGCAUUCAUUACAUCAUUUACCCCAGAGGAACUACCACAUGUUGACAAGCUGCGACCAAAAGACUCCAAUCAGGAACCCAGAGAUUUCUAUCCAGUUGUUUGUGACUGGCUGAAGAAAGUAGCACCAGUGUUGCGUGUCUUAGAAAGUGAGGUGCACAUGGGUGAACUUGCUGCAUUUGCUGCAUAUGCUGUUGCAUUUCCAAAUAUCUUUUUAGCACUAGUUGAUACUUAUGAUGUUUACAGGUAUGUAGUUGAAUUAGUUAAUCUGAUGUUAAUGAUAGCCUCAGGCCUGUCAAAAAGGGCCGGCAGCCGGCCAAAUCCACUGGCUAGUUUGCCAUCCUUAGCCAUGCCUCAACCUUCAAGAACUUGUGCCUUGGGUGCGAGUUCCAAAGCCGCCUAUUAUUCAUUAUCAGCAUGCCACUUGAAACCUUUUUGACAGCCCUGUAGGCUACUGUACAUCACAGAUGUACUUUCUAAUCUAAUCCCGGUUAGUAACAUCUGUGGAGCAGUGCCAUAUCCUUGUUCUGUGCCCCUUUGGACUCUGUGAAUUGCUGGAAAUGGGUUUCAAAUUUCCUUUCAAUCUGAUGGGCAAAUUGACAGUGGUUCUUUUAACAGGCCAGUCAUGGCACAUACUCAAAUCCUGGUGCAAAUUUGGGCGCCAAGGGCCGACUUGUUCAAAGCCGGGUUAAGAUAACCCAGGGUUAGUGCGAGAUUUUAAUUCAUAUUUGAAAGCUUAAAAAGCAUUUCAGUUUUAAUUCUUUUUGUUUACAAGAUGGUGAUUGGAAGCUCUAAAAAGAGAAAAUUAUCCAAGAAAAUGCUUUAGAACACAAGAAAAAGAAAACUAACCGUCCUUUGAACAACUGGGUCCACAGGAAGAGAAUUACGUUUAUAUUAUUGCUGAUGUUUUCACUAUGUGGCACUUUUUUUAAUAUUUUUAUUUUUUCAUCUCAGGAGUGGCAUUCCAGCUUUCUGCGCAGUUGCCUUAGCUCUGCACGAUUUUGGAUACCAAGCUGUUGGAGUAAGGCUUGAUUCAGGAGACUUAGCAUACCAGUCAAUACAAAUUAGAGCAUCCCUUGAGAAAGUUGCUGAAGUGUAAGUUAAUCGCUCAUUUUUCUGGAGCCAGUGAGGGUAACGAUAAUGUAAUGAUAAUGAUAAUGAUAAUAGUGAUGAUAAUAAUGUUGUUUUCUUAAGACAUAUCUUAUGAAAAGAACCUGUAACUCCCUCGACCCUGUGUAGGUUACAGGGCUGUCAACCCCCCACGUCUUCAAAUAUUGAGAACUGAUAGGAAAGUGAUGAUAGAUGACGUCAGAAUGCACUGACAUGAUGUCAUUUGUGCAUAAAACGCGCGAAAAAGAUGUUGUUGGAAUUUUAACAUCUGACCUGAUUGGUUUACUUCCCACAAAUCACAAUAUUGCUUACAUUACAAUGGAAUACACCGGAGUUUGUGAGGAAACGUUCGAUUUUAACAGCAAAAUAGCUCAAACAACGCAAAAUUUUCAUUGUCGGAAAGUCGAAUCUACGAGAAAUGGUAAACUUCGGGGAUUAUCCGGAAGAUUUCAGACUCUAAUCUGGAGACCGGGAGAAACUGUUCAAAAUCUGGAGUCUCCCGGAUUAUCCGGGAGUGUUGACAGCACUGAGGUUACCAAAUGCUUCUUUUCAUCUUUUAACUUCAUAGUUUACUUCUGCUUUAAGGUUUACCCCUUACAAAUUGCUCAGAAAACUUAAGACUUUCGGGUGCUUCAGCGUUUUGACACGCAUUCUAAGGAUAUUGGUUCUGUAAUUCUUUCCCAUAUCAAAUCUUUUGUAGGGUCUGACUUGAGAUUAGCAAGUAUGAGUUUUUGUGAGUGUGUAACUAUUUUACUGGAUAUUUUCUAACUUUUCAUUGUUUUGAAUAAUCAAGGUUUGGUUUGCCCUGGUUUGCAAAGAGGAGUAUUGUUGCUAGUAAUGACAUUAACGAGGACACAUUAUUCUCCCUCAACCAGCAGGUAACUUUGCCUUACGUGUUCAAUCUCUAAUUUCUCCUUUCAUACCUGGUGCAUUUGUUGAAGAAGCGGUUGUGAGAAGAAGUCUCGCACGCAGACGUUCUUAGGGGUUCGUCACGCGUUCCUGCCCCGAGUGAGGACUGCGUGACGAGCCAAGAGAACUUACGGGUGGGAGUUUACUGCUAUAAGUGUUUAGUUGACUUUCUUCAAGCAUUAUCGUUUUCCUUUUCUAUAUAAGCCCUUCAAAUCUUACAACAACAAAGCAACUGUUUUACUUACUAGUCGGUGACCAAGUAAGCAGAGACUCAGCAGAGAACCUUUUUUUCUUAUUUUGUUCUUUUAUUCGUUUUAUCAGGGUCACUCUAUAGAUUCCUUUGGAAUUGGUACGCACCUAGUCACGUGUCAAAAGCAGCCCGCUCUGGGAUGUGUAUUUAAGGUAAGGGUGGCAUCACUUUAUUGUUAGUCUGAAGAACAUGAGGUACUUUUUUUCUGACUCAAAUUUCACUUUGUUCUGGCGCACAUUUUAAGGAUGUUGAUUUUUUCAUUCUUUGUCAUAUCAAAUGGCAAAGUGGAGCGCGAGAUGUGCACAAGGGAGGAAGGUGCCGUCGCGCGUGUCACUCGCACCUCGCUCGCCCCGCGCUUGCCUGCGCUCGCCUGAAAAACGCGAUAAAAUAACGCCUGUUCUGCAGGCUACGUCAUUGUCAUUUAACCAUAGAAAACUUAACAGCAAUAGUUUAGGAACUGUACCUGUAAGACACCCAAGGUUGUGGAUGUUUUUACUAAAUUUUUACCUGAAAAAGGAAAUGCUAUUUAUUCUCAUUUCGCAAUACAGUCGGUCGAACGCGUUCUCAAUGAAAAGCGAAAGCUACUAAGGUUUUCUUGUGCUAUCCUCUAUUUGACUGGGGGAAGGAAACUUGCUAACCAGCCCAACCUUACGCUGACUAUCUACUGUUUUAAUAUACGUUACAGUUUUUUAUUUCCAAGUAAUAUGUAAAUCGUGUUUUUUAAUCCCAGCUGGUUGAAUUAAACGGAGAUGCACGAAUGAAGCUUAGCCAGGAUAUUGAGAAAGUCACAAUACCAGGAAAGAAGAAUGCUUUCCGCUUGUAUGGUGGCGAUGGUAAGAUUUAAGUGCCCAUAACCUAAAAUUUUUUAAUUUUUUUUUAAUUGGAAGUACGCAUUACCACGAGAACCUCUAGAAAAAUAAUUUUUCCAUUCUAACACAACAUAAUUUCUUUAGAAUUCUUUUGAAACGUAAAUUAAGGGACACGUGAUUUUAUAUGAAGGUAAAAAAGUGUGGAGCUCUAGAAUUAUUUCUUCCAAUUCAAGAACUAAAACGGCUUUGCCAUUAAAAUGCAUCGCAGUUAGAUGUAACAACACUGGCGACCCAACAUGCAUAAACGUGAUUCAAAUAUGCAUAAAAUCCCAUCUUUCAGUCCUGAGUUUCUGUCUUAUGACGUCAGAUAUGAGCCUGUCAAUUUCGUGGUCAGCGGAGCGGGUGUGCCAAAGAAAUUUAGACUUGAAAGUUUGCUAAAAAAAAUUCAUUUUGUUCAAAACGCAAUUUUUUUCGGAGAAGUUCUUGUAGUAAUGUGUUCUAAACAUAAGAGGCACUUUGAGAACUGAAUGGAAACUGCGCAGAUUUCAAGUAAUUUGUGGAGAAGGAGCGUUUCACCCGAUAGCCAGAUACCAAGAACUGCGAGAAGUGGAUUGUAAAACCGAGGCUUACCUGAGUAUUUCAAGUAAUCUUCGAUGAUUCUAUUGGAGAUCGGAUGCUACGUUCUUUCAAAUAUAUAUCUUACCUCUUUGUUUAUUAGGUUCUUUGUUCUCUCUUGUGUCACAAAUUAAAUCAGCGUGAACGGGGCUAGUGGAUUUUGCUAUCGGGCUAGAGGAUUCUGUUCUUAAGUUGCCCGACGAGAAAGUGAAGUUUUUUGAGGAAUUCAAAUUACAGAAGAACUGUGAAAUCAAUCUGCUCAUCAAAACGCUUUUGGGGCUAGUUGAAAUGAUGUUAGGGCUAGUAAAUGUUAGAUUGAGCUUGCCUCAAUGGCAAGCUGUAGAAAUGACUUUCUUUGCACCCUGAUUAAAUAAUUUUUAGAAUUUUCACUAUUGCUCGGUUCAUCAAGUUCAUUUGUGGGUAGUGUAGGAGCUGCUCGUAAGGUCUCUCCUUAUUGUUCGCAGGAAACAAUAUGAUAUUCCAUUCUUCCAAUUGUUUUAUUAUUGUUUGGGGUCAGGGAAACGCACCAUUGGUAACUCUCUUCCGAGCAGCUGCUACAUCCUGAUUUGUCAAAGAACUCAGCUUCUUUGUGCUUUUCUUUCACAGGCGGCGCACUUCUUGAUCUUAUGCAGAGAUGUGAAGAACCGCCUCCCUCACCUGGAAAACGAGUGUUAUGUCGACAUCCAUUUGAUGAGGCCAAGCGCGCAUAUGUUUGCCCUUCAAAAGUAGAGGCUUUAUACCAUGUUUACUGGAAAGAAGGCAAGGUACUCAAUUAAACAGCAAUACCGCCCAGUAUCCAUCGGUUCAACCUACAGUCGAAUCCCGUUAAUACGAACACUUAGGGAGGCAUAGAAGGUGUCCGUAUUAACGGGGUGUGUGUGUUGAGCGUUGAAUUUAGACCCUGUUUACAUGGAGUGGGGGACCCCGGUCUAGUGAGGUAGGUUUCUUUUGUUUUGUGUCCCCCAGGGCGUGAAAACAAAAGAAACCAACCCCACUAAGGCCACUAGACCGGGGUCCCCCACUCCAUGUAAACAGGCCCUUAGAGAAAAUGUAAGUUCUUUCCUUCCCCAGGGACAAAGCAAAACUGUCCGUAAUAAUGAGGUGUCUGUUUUAACCGAGUGUCCGUAAAGCGAGGUUUGACUGGUAUGUCUCGUUACCGAAGCCCGGUUUUUCGGCACUAGCGACGUAAGCACAACUCAGGGGCACCUAACGACUUUUUCUUUAGAAUAACUGUUCGAAGAAGCAAAUAUUGCAUAGAAAUUUCUGAAGCUCAAGAAAGGCGUAAAGUUUCUGGAUAACCUUUCCAUUAGUCUAAGAGGUAUUCAGAGAUUUUCUGCUUGCUUACCUAGUAAUUGCCGAGUUGUUUAGCAUUCUUUUUCACUAAAUUAAAUUUGAAACUUUUCUCGAAGUUUGACUUUGGCCGUUUUAUGGAGUGAAAGCAUUAAUCUAACACUUUUUUUACUGUUAUUUUCACUUGUAGACGAGGUUCGUUUUGUAGCUGAGUAAUUUCUGUUGUUUUUACAACCUCUGAUAUUAACCCUCCCUUAUGCUCCAAUAUCCAAAUACAAAUUCUCCAGAAUGUUCUCAGAACACUUUGUAAGAGAAUUUGAGAGAAUUUGAUAAAAGAUCAAAGCAUUUUCCUUAGGUGAUCAUUUAUUAGAUACUCAUAUUCUCAUAACCUUUCUCCAGAUUAUGUAUUGAUAUGGUCCGAUGAAAAUUGAUCUUCGUCAAUCUUGGAACUUGAAGAGUUAAGCUUCUGAGAAGGAAAAUGAAAUGUUAAAACCCUCACUAACAAGUUUUCUUCAUUCAUUUCCUAUGAAUCGUCAGAUUUGCAGUCCGUUGCCGCCUUUAAAGGAGGUCCAAGACCGAGUUAAGAAUUCACUCAAGGUGUUUAGACAAGACCAUCUCAGAGGUUUAAAUCCUACGCCAUAUAAGGUAUCUUUCACGUUUGUCAAGUUAUAGUGUUUUCCUCAGAUAUAGUUUCCGGCCGACGCGAGGCGUAGAUCUCGCGUCUCCUCUCGCGUGCCGCUCGCGCGUGACUUCACACGAUAUCCUGGCUCAGAUGGAAAGCUAGCCGACAGGCUAACAGAGGAUUAACUGCUAACUCAGUUACUUACGUUGUGUCAAAUUCAUGCUGACUUGAGGGUGAGAGGUUAGGCCGAAGGGUCGGGACAAUGCUUGUGAACUUUUUUUUUUGCCGUCGUUGCACGACUAACGUGACAUUUCACGUGUUAUGGAGGACGUAGACACAAGUCAGGAAAAUUCGCCUGCUCUUGACAAUUCAACUUGAACAAAAUGUAAUAAUCAAUUAAAAGUUUGAAACAGCGACUGUUUCGCUGUCGUCGCCGUCUUGGUUGCGAAAGCUUUCUUAAGCUGCUUGUGGGACUUCGUCGCUUGAAAAAAGUCCAUUUGAGGAGAGUGGUGGGGUGGAUAAAUCAAAGCCAGUUACUGUGAGCAAUAAUGCAAAACCAAAUCAAUCACGAAUGUAUUUUCCAGGCUUGCUUUAAUUUCGCUACAUUAACCCUUUAAACCCCAAGAUCAAAAUGUGAUUUCUCAUUUGUUGCCCCUAUUCAUUUCCUACAGAAGUAAUGGGGAGAAGUUGAUAAAAUAUCAAGCAAAUUCAUCUUCUGUGAUGAUGUCCGUUAUUCUCAUGACCACUCCGUUUUACACAGCAUUGAUAUUAAAAGGAUAAAUUUGAUGCUGAUCACUUUUAGGGCUUAAAGGGUUAAACUAACUCUCGUUUACUUUUUGACUUUCAGGUGUCCUUAAGUGACAAUCUGUACACGUUUAUGCACCAACUUUGGCUUAACCACGCUCCAAUCGGAGAGCUGUUCUAGACCACGUAUAACAAGAACAAGACGUCCCUACUUCCUAACGCACAGCUUCGUAUUCUAGAGUCCAGCUUGGGGCACUGCUUUUAAUAGCCCGUAUGUUUGUUGACGUCAGACUAUCCAAUGUCACCACCUUGUAGCCUGGGUGGCAGGGUGCAGAAAUUUAGGGCGA